CUUGUAUCAAAGUUAUCGAUAAUAAUGACACUGACAGAUCGACGUCCGAAUGAUUAGGUUGUCGCAUAGGAUGAUGUAUUUUUAUUUAUUAUUCUAAUUAAUAAAUUACAAUAUUUGCCGACUUGUCCACUACAGUGAUAGUGACAAGUCAUUAAGGCAACAGAAUAUUUUCUUAGUCCCAUUCAUUUUCGUUACGUUCAUGACAUAACCUUAAAGUUCCUAUUUAUUUUAUACUUAUGUAAAUUCGUGAAUAAUUGAAUUAACAAUGGAAAGUGAAGCUAAAAAUGUGGUUCGGGUUGGUUCGAGAAAAAGUGAGCUGGCACUUAUACAAACCAACUAUGUUAUUGACUGUCUGAAAAAAGUACAUCCUGAAAAAGAAUUUACAGUAGUUACCAUGACAACGCUGGGUGACCGCAUACUAGACGUAUCGCUGCCCAAGAUAGGAGAAAAGUCACUUUUCACAAAAGACUUGGAAGACGCCCUUAGGAAUGAUACAGUGGACUUCGUGGUACAUUCCUUGAAAGAUCUGCCUACCACCUUGCCUGAUGGAUUAGCUAUUGGUGCCGUGUUUGAAAGAGAAGACCCGAGAGACGCGUUAGUUCUUCGAGAGGACUUCAAAGACCACACGCUGGCCACACUGCCUGAGGGAUCUGUUAUAGGAACAUCGUCGUUACGUCGCACGGCGCAGCUUCGCGGCUCGUAUCCGCAGCUAUCCGUAGCAGACGUGCGCGGUAACUUGAACACUAGGCUGCGUAAGCUGGACACGUCCGGACAAUACGCCGCGUUACUAUUAGCAAGCGCUGGCUUACAACGCAUGGGCUGGAAGGACCGGAUAUCUAAGAUCUUGCCUUGCGCUGACAUGAAAUACGCAGUGGGCCAGGGCGCCCUAGCUGUGGAGUGUCGGUCGGACAAUACGAACAUUCUCAACAUGUUGGCUCCCUUCAACCACCCAGAGACCUACUGCAGGAUCCUCGCUGAAAGGAGUUUCCUAAAGACAUUGGGUGGAGGUUGCAGCGCCCCAGUCGGCGUCUCCACGACCCUCAAACCAGUAGAUUCACAGUUCAGACUCUCUUUAACCGGAGCAGUUUGGAGUAUGGACGGCAAAACAAAACUAGACCACACUCUUCAACAAACAUUCGCACAAAUCAGACGCACACAGAAACACAAACUUAGUCCCACAGAAGAAUCCGAAUGCAAAAAGGUCAAAACUGACAAUGGUGAGUCCAAAAACGAAAUCCUAAACCCUAAUGAAGUACUUAAAGAUGAGACUGUAGGUAAAUCUGUUAAUCAAGAUAAAGAGGACGAAAGUGACAAUCGCAUAUUCUGCGGGUUAACUAUAAACACAAGUAUACCCAUAGAUGUUAUAAUUAAAUGUGAUAAUCUAGGUAAAGAUGUAGCUAAUGCCCUAAUCGAGAAAGGUGCGCUAGAUGUCAUGAAAGUCACUCAAGAUAUUAUAAGAAGUUCCACAGUUGGUAAAAGUUCAUGAUUAAAACCUCUUCAUAGUGAAAAGGCUGUAUGGACGUGUGUCUUGUUGUAUAAAAGUUGUAGUGACACAAGUGGCCUUAUUAAAUCUUUUUUUAUCUGUGCAAACAACUUGUGUUUAGAAACAAAUUGUAGUUGAAUUAAAAAUGGCGUUUAACUCAAAUGAGAGAAGAGUUAAUUAAAUAAAUAUUGUUUUAAAAGUUAUUUAGUAAAUGUAAUGUAUAAUACAAUGGCUAAUUUUAUACUGAUUCAUAAAUUAUGUAUAUUUGUAAAUAAAUGUUAUUGUAAAAAGUGAAAUCGUUGUCCAAUACACGUUUGUAAAUUGCAGUUUGACACCUUGCACGUAGGUGAAGUU